CUGAACUAUGAGGACCUGGAGAGGAAGUACUGGAAGAACCUGACCUUCGUAUCUCCCAUAUAUGGAGCUGACGUCCCCGGGAGCCUCUAUGACGAGGGUAUAGAGGAGUGGAACAUCGGCCACCUCAACUCCAUCCUGGAUGUGAUAGAAGAGGACUGUGGUGUUUCUAUCCAGGGGGUGAACACACCCUACCUGUACUUCGGCAUGUGGAAGACCAGCUUCUCCUGGCACACUGAAGACAUGGACCUUUAUAGCAUCAACUACCUGCACUUUGGAGAGCCCAAGUCCUGGUAUGCCAUCCCCCCUGAGCAUGGGAAGAGACUGGAGAGACUGGCUACAGGUUUCUUCCCCAAUGGGUUUAAAGGGUGUGAGGCUUUUCUCCGUCACAAGAUGACCCUGAUCUCCCCUUCUAUCCUGAAGAAGUACAGCAUCCCCUUCGACAAGAUCACCCAGGAGGCAGGAGAGUUUUGUCCUCAUUAA